CAGCUGUGCAUCCAUGAAGAGUGACUGGUCUAUUGGUCGCUUUGAUGACUUUAAAGAUGAACAACCUGCUGAUGGAAGAGUUCAGCAGCAGAGCUCAGAGGUUCACAGUUAUCAGUCUGCACAGCAGCAUCAAACACAGCUGGACUCCAUAUUUAUGCUGCUGGAGGAGAACAUUGUCACUUUUGUGAAGAAAGCGUUGAAGAGACUGCAGAAAGGUCUGAGACCAGAUUACCCAGAAUGCUUAGAGAGUCAGAGUGAGGAUGAGGAUGUGUUGGACGAUGAGGAGGAAGAGCUGAGGAGGAGCAGCAGAGAGGCAUUGCUGAAGAUCACAGUGCACUUCCUGAGGAGAAUGAAGCAGGAGGAGCUGGCUGAGCGUCUGCAGAGCAAGUGUCGACAUAAACUCAAGCGUAACCUGAAGAAGAAGUUCCAGUGUCUGUUUGAGGGGAUCGCUAAAGCAGGAAACCCAACCCUUCUGAAUGAGAUCUACACACCGCUCUACAUCACAGAGGGAGGGACUGCAGAGGUCAAUGAUGAACAUGAGGUCACACAGAUUGAAACAGCAUCCUGGAAACCAGACAGACCAGAAACAACAAUCAGACAAGAAGAAAUCUUUAAAGCCUCACCUGGAAGAGAUGAACCAAUCAGAAAAGUGAUGACAAAGGGAGUGGCUGGCAUUGGGAAAACAGUCUUAACACAGAAGUUCACUCUGGACUGGGCUGAAGGCAAAGCCAACCAGGACAUAUUGUUCAUAUUUCCAUUCACUUUCAGAGAGCUGAAUGUGCUGAAAGAGAAAAAGUACAGCUUAGUGGAACUUGUUCACCUCUUCUUUACUGAAACCAAAGAAGCAGGAAUCUGCAGGUUUGAAGAGUUCCAGGUUGUGUUCAUCUUUGACGGUCUGGAUGAGUGUCGACUUCCUCUGGACUUCCACAACAAUGAGAUCCUGACUGAUGUUACAGAGUCCACCUCAGUGGAUGUGCUGCUGACAAACCUCAUCAGGGGGAAACUGAUUCCCUCUGCUCGCCUCUGGAUAACCACACGACCGGCAGCAGCCAAUCAGAUCCCUCCUGAGUGUGUCAGCAUGGUGACAGAUGUCAGAGGGUUCACUGACCCACAGAAGGAGGAGUACUUCAGGAAUAGAUUCACAGACAAGAAGCAGGCCAGCACCAUCAUCUCCCACAUCAAGACAUCCCGAAGCCUCCACAUCAUGUGCCACAUCCCAGUCUUCUGCUGGAUCACUGCUACAGUUCUGGAGGAUGUGUUGAAAAGCAGAGAGAGAGGAGAGCUGCCCAAGACCCUGACUGAGAUGUACAUCCACUUCCUGGUGGUUCAAGCCAAACUGAAGAACAUCAAGUAUGAUGGGGGAGCUGAGACAGAUCCACACUGGAGUCCAGAGAGCAGGAAGAUGAUUGAGUCUCUGGGAAAACUGGCUUUUGAGCAGCUGCAGAAAGGCAACCUGAUCUUCUAUGAAUUAGACCUGAAAGAGUGUGGCAUCGAUAUCAGAGCAGCCUCAGUUUGCUCAGGAGUGUUCACACAGGUCUUUAAAAAUGAGAGAGGGCUGUACCAUGACAAGGUGUUCUGCUUCGUCCAUCUGAGUGUCCAGGAGUUUCUGGCUGCUCUUCAUGUCCAUCUGACAUUCAUCAAGUCUGGAGUCAAUCUACUGGAAGAAAAUCCAAUGUCGACCUCACAGAAGUCAGGAACAACAGAAGAGAAAUCUGCCAUGACACAUUUCUACCACACUGCUGUGGACAAUGCCUUACAGAGUCCAAAUGGACAUCUGGAUUUGUUCCUCCGCUUCCUCCUGGGUCUUUCACUGCAGACCAAUCAGAUUCUCCUACAAGGCCUGUUGACACAGACAGGAAGUAGCUCACAGAUUAAUGAAAAAACAGGCAGGUACAUCAAGAAGAUAAUUAUGGAGACUUCCUCUCCAGAGAAGAACAUCAAUCUUUUCCACUGUCUGAGUGAGCUAAGAGAUCAUUCUCUGGUGGAGGUAAUUCAACAGUACCUGAGAUCGGGAAGUCUCACUACAAAAAAGCUGUCUCCUGCUCAGUGGUCAGCUCUGGUCUACAUCUUGUUGUCAUCAGAAAAAGAUCUGAAAGUGUUUGACCUGAAGAAAUACUCUGCUUCAGAGGAAGCUUUGCUGAGGCUGCUACCAGUGGUCAAAGCUUCUAAUAAAGCUUUGUUGAGUGGCUGUAACCUGUCAGACAGAGGCUGUGAAGCUCUGUCCUCAAUUCUCAGUUCUCAGUCAUCCAAUCUGAAAGAGCUUGACUUGAGUAACAACAGUCUGCAGGACUCUGCAGUAACACAACUCUCUGCUGGACUGAAUAGUCCACACUGUACACUGAAAACUCUCAGGCUGAUUGGCUGUAACCUGUCAGGAAGAAGUUGUGAAGUCUUGGCCUCAGUUCUCAGUUCCCAGUUCUCUAGUCUGAGAGAGUUGGAUGUCAGUAACAACGAUCUGCACGAUUCAGGCGUGAAGCUGUUGUCUGCUGGAUUGGAGAGUCCACAUUGUGGACUGAAAACUCUCUGGUUGUCAGGAUGUCUGAUCACAAAGGAAGGCUGUGCUUCUCUGGCCUCAGCCCUGAGCUCCAACCCCUCCCAUCUGAAGGAGCUGGACCUGAGCUACAAUCAUCCAGGAGACUCAGGAGUGCAGCUGCUGAACCAGGAUCCACACUUGAAACUGGCCACUCUCAAGGUGGACCAUGGGGGAGUGCAGAGGCUGAGACCUGGCAUAAGAAAGUAUGCCUGUGAACUGGAACUGGAUCCAAACACAGUAAACGGAAAACUAAAACUGUCUGACAACAACAGGAAGGUGACACACGUGGAGGAGGUUCAGUCAUAUCCUGAUCAUCCAGACAGAUUUGAUCGCUGGCCUCAGCUGCUGUGUGGAAACGUUCUGACUGGUCGCUGUUACUGGGAGGUCGAGAGAAGAGGAAGACUUUCUGUAUCAGUGAGCUACAGAGGAAUCAGCAGGAAAGGAGGCAGAGAUGACUGUUGGUUUGGAAGGAAUGAUCAGUCCUGGAGUCUGUACUGCUCUGAGGAUGGUGUUUACUGUGUCUGGCACAAUAAGACAGGAAUAUCAAUGUCCUCCUCCUCCUCCUCCUCCUCCUCUUCUUCCUCCUUCUCCUCCUCUGUCUCUGACAGAGUAGGAGUGUAUCUGGACUGUCCUGCUGGCACUCUGUCCUUCUACAGAGUCUCCUCUGACACACUGACCCACCUCCACACCUUCAAAACCACAUUCACUCAGCCCCUGAAUGCUGGGUUUGCAGUCAGGUCUGGUUCCUCAUUGUCUCUGUGUGAUCUGUAG